AUGUCGUCGCUGCUCCAUCAAGCUCACAGUCUGGCUCUACGUUGUUCCUCUGUUCGUUCCAUGACGACGUCCUCAGUCGUCUCCAAUCGUCCUCUUCGUGUGGGAAUCGUAGGUGCCGGACGCAUCGGACAAGUCCACGCCCAGUGCAUCCAACGUACGAGCGCUGUGGUCCACUUUAUUCAACUGCCAACCCGUGAAUCAGAACCUUAUCGCGCCGAGAAGAUCGCCAAGAAAUACGGUAUCCCCAAUUGGACCAACGACGCGUCCCAAGUUCUUAGUCAUCCAGCGAUUGAUGCCGUAGUCAUCUGCUCACCCACAGAUAAACAUGCAGAGCAGAUCAUCGAAGCUGCAAAGAAUAAAAAGCACAUUUUCUGUGAAAAGCCCGUGGAUCUUGAGCUGGAUGCUGUCAAUAAGGCCAUCAAAGCGACGGACGAUGCUGGUGUGAAGCUUAUGAUUGGAUUCAAUCGUCGUUUCGAUGCCAACUUUGUACGUAUCAAGCAGGUUCUUGACCAUGAUGAGAUCGGCAAAGUUAAUAUGCUGCGUAUCACAAGUCGUGAUCCUGGUCCACCAUCUAUAAGCUACAUCAAAAGCUCUGGGGGGUUGUUUUGUGACAUGACUAUCCACGAUUUUGACAUGGCGAGAUUCCUUAUUGGUGACGAGGUAGAUGAGGUCUACGCCAUGGCGCAGAGCGUGAAUGCCGACAUUGCAGCAGCGGGCGACAUCGACACGGCCGUGGUGCUGCUCAAAUUUCGUAACGGUGUCAUCUGCUACAUCGAGAACAAUCGAGAGGCCGCGUAUGGCUACGAUCAGCGCGUGGAGGUUCUGGGCUCAAAGGGCUCCGUUGCAUGUGACAACAAGCAUUCGAACCAGGUGGUCGUGUCUACGAAAGAGAACGUGCGUCGUGACUUACCGCUUCAUUUCUUCUUGGAGCGCUAUAUGGACGCGUAUGUGGCAGAGAUGGAGGCUUUCAUUCGAGUGUGUACUACAAAUGGUGCUUCAGUUCCUGUAAGUGGCGCUGAUGGUCGUGAGGCUUUGUUGCUGGCUCUGGCAGCGAACAAGUCACUUGCGGAGAACCGACCUGUUAAGGUUGAUGAACUUCGUGUCUGA